AUGACAAGACAAAACACCGCAAUUUAUCAAAAGAUUGCUGAAAAGAGAGCAAACUUGGAACUUCUAAGAGAGUUCAGACUGUUGACUGAUGAAUUAGCCAAUGAAUUGGAACAAAUUGGCGAUCAAUUGGAAACAAUGAAAGAUGGAACAAGUAGUGUGGCGUUGAUUUUAUCUAAUUGGCAACGAGUGAUCCAAUCAAUCUCAUUGGCAUCGCUAAGCUUGCUAAAACUGACUAACACGGCCACAAACGAGGAAGUAGAUCAAGAUGCAUAUCCCGAACCCUUGAUCAGAAUAAAUUUACAAGAUGAAAACGAAGAUGAACAAGAAAGUGAGAGUAAUGACGAGCUAAAUGGACGAUAA